GCUCUGCGCUCCGGCCGGGGGGCUGCCCUGGCAAGUUGGGGCGAGGCGCGCCGGGUAUGCGCCAUCACCAUGUCCCGCCUGAGCUCGUGGCUGGGUGAGGUCCAGUGGCUGGUCUUGGUGUCGCUCUUCGUCGUGGCCCUGGGCACGGUGGGCCUGUACCUGGCGCAGUGGGCGCUGGCCAGGGCGCGACCCCGGCCCUCGCGGCGGGCUGCGGAGCCUGGCGAGGGCCAGCGCCCCGAGUCCGACGCGCUGCUCGGCUGGAUCCUGACGCUGAACAGCUGGAGGAGGCAGUGGCAGGCCGCCUGGGUGACCGCCCUGAAUGAUGAGGCCAAACGGAAAGGGGGCCCGCUUCUCCUGUCCUUCGAGGAGGACCCGCUGCGGCAGCCCCUGGAACUGGCGGUGCAGCGAGUCUCCAGCGUGGCCAGGUCCGCCCAGGAGAAGGUCGUGUCUUGUCACGUGGUAGGCGAGGCCAUUCAGUUCCUGGUCCGCGUGGGGCCCGCGUCCCCCGAAGACACGGGGCACCAGCUGUAUGGUGCGCGGCUCUCCCCAGUUCAUUUACAGCUGGAGCUCCACAUGAAAGAGAAGAGAGAGGACAUCCAGAUCCACUGGUCCUUCAUCAGCGCUCCGGAAACGGCCAUUACCGUGCAGCCCAAGGCAGUGGUGGAGGACCGGGUGGUGGAGACCAAUGCCGUGUCUGAAACUCUCAAGGACAUCUUGAAGUGCCUGGUCAGGGCUGCCUCCCCAUCAGUAGUUCUGAGCACCAAGCCUGUGGAUGUGAGGGAAGUUCAGAAUCUACAACGCACUUCAUCUAUUCCUCAGGAAUCCUGCCCUCCCAAACCUCCAAGGGCUCACGAGCUCAGACUAUCCGUGAAGAACAUCCGAGCCUCGCUGCUAAAUGAUCCUGGGGCUGCAGGCAACGUUAACCCACAGUGUGUAGUUCGGCUGAAUGAUCCCGUUCAGAAGUUCAGCGCCCUCGCGACAAACACCACCGACCUCAGCUGGGAAGAAGAAUUCACCUUCGAGUUGAACGCCAAGUCGAAGGAAUUGUACCUGCAGAUCGCAGGGGAUGAGCGAUCCUCGGAAGCACUGUUGGCGAUGACCACCAUUCCUUUGGAUUUGUUCAAGAAGCAGCCUUCUGGGCCCCAGAGCUUUACGUUGACCAGUGGCUCCUCCUUCGGCAGCUCGGUGUUGGGUUCGGUCACCGCGGAGUUUUCUUACCUAGAACCUGGUGAAGCGAAAUCCUCGCAGACCCCUCCACCCGCUCCUGCUGCAAAGGUAGAAAAAGACCGCGCGGUGAUGCCAUGUGGGACCGUGGUCACUACUGUCACUGCCGUGAAAACCAAGCCUCGCUUUGACACGGGGAGGGCGUCCCCGCUGAGCUGUGAGUCUCCCCUGAAGACGCCGGUCAAGGUGAAAGUGAUCGAGAAGGACAUCUCUGUCCAGGCCAUCUCCUGCCACGGCGCUCCCGUCAGUAAGACCUUCUCUUCUUCGGACACAGAGCUGCUGGUGCUGAAUGGCUCGGAUCCCGUGGCAGAAGUCGCCAUCCGCCAGCUCAGCGAGUCCUCAAAGCUGAAGGUCAAGUCCCCGCGGAAGAAGAGCACCAUCAUCAUAUCAGGGAUCUCCAAGACCUCACUCUCUCAGGACGAUGCCGCUGCCCUAAUGCUGGACUACUCGGCCUCCGUGGACAGUGCCCGCCAGGAGGACACCCUGUCUCUCGUGGGGGCGGCCGCCGCCCCUGCUGCACUGGAGGACGAGGCCUCAGCCCCAGACCCGCCAGCUCUGGAGCCCCAGGAGGGCGAGCUAGACUCCUGGGACUUGGACAAGGAGUCACAGGCCUCGGCGUGGGGCAGCCAGGCCCCGCUGGAGCCCGAUGGGGACGAGCUGUCAGAGAGCUCCCUGAGCGUCUCGGAGCCGGGCGCUGCCAAGAAGCAUAAAGGAGGGAUUUUAAGGAAAGGCGCAAAGCUGUUCUUCCGCCGGCGACACCAACAGAAAGACCCCGGCAUGAGCCAGUCCCACAAUGACCUCGUGUUCCUGCAGCAGCCGGAGGGGGCCCGGAGGAAGGGGGUGACCCUCACCAGGAUCCUGAACAAGAAGCUGUUCUCCAGGCACCGAGGCAAGAGCGCCGUGAAUGGGGCCCCGGUGGAGCCCGCGGCCGGCGGCCCGCUGCACCAGGACGCGGGAAGUUGCGGGCCCACCUAACCUCCCGCCAGCGCAGAGCACGAGUGCCCACAGCUGUCAGACGGCCGCCUGGUCUAGCUGGCUUUAGGGGAACGAAAACCCGAGUCUCCGGCCAGGAGGUUUCCCCCAGAGACAACUGACAAAGGCCCAUUUGCCACCAGAUGCCAAAGGAGACCGGAAGGUUCUGCCACGUGUGCUGUGCCCAGAGCCAAGAGCUGAAGUUCCACGUGAGAAGAUGUAUAUUAUGAACUAAGGAACAUUCUGUAACGGGCGGUGAUGGGGCAGGUGGGCGGGACUCGAUUUUACCCACGCUGCGCGCGGACCGCGUCACAAAAAGGAGGUGUCCCUCUGUGCUGUCACUGGGAAUGGACCGGAGGGGUCACCUGUCCUCACGGGCUGCUCAGCGUCACAGUGCAGCUGGCCCUGAGUACAGAGAGGGGGGACACAGGCAGGAUUUGAGGUCCAUAGAGAAAUUAUUGUGGUAACGGAGACACUAGGACAAAGGUAGAAGAUAGUUGCCUUUGAUAUUAGCCAUAUAACUUGAAGCCGUAUGCAAACACUAAGUCUCUCCUGCGCACGGCACGCUGAGCACUCCUGGGUGUUUACUCCGAGCCUGCUGCAAGCGGGGCAGCUAUCAGUUCCCGUGUGCUUCUUACGUUUUCCUGUAUAGUGUCAUAAGCGCUCAUAAGCGUGCAAGGGAGGGGGGAGUGAAGCUGGGAGCAGCAAGGGACAGCCAACGCCACGGCGACAACACACACACGGUUCUUCUUUCGUCCCUGGCUGGUUUGCCAAACAUUGCCGAUGGCUGAAACCAAGUACUUUUAGGACAAAAGAGAAAACUAUCGUAUGUCUCAGGUAGGAGUCUUAGGGGUGGAAGUUUAAUAAAUGGGCCAAACAUCGCAUCACAGCCCUUUCGGGAGCUCUCCAGAAUUCUGCCGGGAACAGUGCUUGACACGUUUUGGGGUGUCCUCGUUUUGAAUUCCUGUGGGGAAAAAAAGAUAAACGUGGCCUUCCACGUGCAUAUCCCUGUGUACCCUUCACACCACGUUCCUCGUCCAUACGCCUUGUCCGUGUGUCUGCACCGCUGGCCCAUCCGCUCAAAGGUGCCACUUCCAGGGGACGAGCUUGUUAGGGCCGUGGUCAUUGGUAUGAAACAUUCUGAUGGUUUAAUGAGAUUCGCUUUCUUCCAAUAAUAUUUAAAAGGCUAUCAUGAAGCCUGACCUCUGUCACAGAUAGGAAAUUGGGGGCACUCCUUCCCACAAGCGCUUUUAUUGAUCCUUAAACACAUCUUUCAGGGGUAACAGAGCCACUGCCAAACAAAAACCUUCCUGAAAACCCAGAUUAUGGAAUUUUCUUUCCUUUUUCUUGAGGGAGAGAUUAUAAAACCACAUUGAGAAUUUUACUUUGAAAUACACACUUAGAAAUCCUCCGGUAUCCCAGGAAUUAGCAGGUGACUAUGAGUUUUUACAGAGGACACUCUGAUUCCCGUCGCCGUGAACCAGCACCAGGCAUCCCAACACGUCGUCAUACCAGGUGAGUCCCCGCAGGUUAGUGACCGCUGCUGGUCUUUUCGGAACGCAUCUGGUCGCUUUGUUGUGUCUUACUGGAAGGAUUGCCGCCUCUCCUCCCGUGGUAGGCAGCACUGGGGACAUUGAAGAAUUAAUUCUCGGAGGACAUUACGUGUCACAAUUUCAGGCACAGAGCAGAAGCUCCUAGCACAGGUGUGUGUUUGAUUUUGAAGUUCAGAUCAACUCAAUUUAUCCAACGUGACAGUAGCAGACACUGGCGCUUUCUCGCUCUCAAAAAAACAAACAAACCGUCGUCGCCAUUCCCACUCCUGAUUGACCCGUGAGCAUUUUGUUCACUGUUUAAUGCGUUUGCCAAGGGCUCUUGCCUUCUCAACUUCCUGGUGACUUGAAGCCUCUUCUGGGUCCCAGGCAAACGUCCCAUGUGUCUGUCCCACAUGGGACGCAGGACCGUCACGCGAGAGGCGGAGAGCGUUAAGGAGAUCCGUGUUUGUGUGUGUGGGGGGGGUACACAUCGAGAGCCCCGUACCUUUGAGUAAGACCCAGAAGCCCCUCCUGAGGAUGCACACACACUUUCUCCAUCGGCGGCCUUGAACUUCAGGACCCGGGAGUAGCAGGGAGCUUCUGAGAAGAGCACGGAAGGGCGCGUGAACGUAGCACCACGAGAAAACGGGCCGUGUUGAUACUGUGAAUGCUUCCCUGGCCGUCUAGCCAGGCCUGUGCUUUAAUGGUGUCGGUAUUUAUGCAAAAGCAAAUGUGAUGAAGGUUACACGUCAAUUAAGAUUAUACACCAAAUGCUAACCGUACCAAUCUGUAAAUCACCUUAUUCCCUUGCCUUUCCUUAUGCUUUAGUGGCUCGAGGGCUUUUGUUUCUCUCGCGUGUUCUGGAUAUUUUUGCAGAGUGGUGGUUCAGACCGAUUUCUUGCUAACGCUUACAGCAAUGUGUGUCCGCAUGUCUGGCACCCGGCGCUCAUGCUGGUGGUCGUGAGCUGGGGCGCUGCCCUGGGUUCAAGGACUGUGUUUGCAGAGCAAUGCAAGGGAGCCUGAAGUGUGUGUGUGUGUGAUUAAUGCAGCAAUAACAAAAGCACCGAUCUCACUGUCCCACUGGAAACCCGCUGUGAAGAAGGUUGAAACAGAGUACUUUAUUUAAAUCAACGCUCAGGUUUAAGUUUAAAGCCAGCCCUUGAGUCCUCCUGAGACCUACGUGGCCGGUCGCUGCCCAUCAGUCACAAGUCAGGUGCCUGUCUCAGUCUUUGGUUUCGCUGGCUGCGUCUGCAGAAGAGAGUUGCAGGUUUUCCUCCUGAGCAGAAAGGCCCGGGAUUCGUAUCGCUGCCAGCAGCUGUAGGGCUUUUCCUGGCCAGAGCCGCACAGCUCUUGGCCUUGACACCUCACAGCUCAAGCUGGUGGCCGCCGGAAGUCAGAACGUUGAUCAACACUGGGUGGAAAACCGAUCUCGGGCUGGCGUAGACCCCGAUGCCAGGCCCUGCCCCCCUGGCCCACACCUGCUCGGGCCCGAUGACCACGGCACAUGGCAUGGGCACGCUGGUGCUGCUCCGUUCUGUGAAGCAAGCUCAGGUCCCCUCCAGGCCCUUCUCUUCGGCAUUCCUGUUUGGUCUGUGAGGAGCGUCUGGAAUAUGUCAACCCACCCAGUUCACCCAGCUUCCGACUGCUCAGUAACGUAUACCAUUUACAAGUUCGGCUUGCAGGUCCCCCCCGCCCCCAAUAUCACAUCAAAACUACUUUUUUUUUUUUUUUAAA